ACGUUCCUCUUGAAGAUUUAGCUGAUGAUGAUGAUUUAUACUAUUUAUUUACUAUACAUGAUGUAAAUAACGACGGAUUUUUAGAUGGUCAUGAAUUACGCGAAGCUUUUACCGAUAAUAUAAUUGGUAGUAACGAUGAACAACCACCUUUGAAACUUGAAGAAAUUAUUGAAAUGAUUGAUCAUGUAUUGCUUGAAGAUGACAUGGAUAAUGAUGGGAAAGUUGGUUGGGAAGAAUAUCUUUUGUCACAAGCUUAUCAUCAAGUUAAUUAA